UUUAUUUUGGUAAUAGCACAUGGCACCGCGAGCUCAUCAGUGAUACCACCGCGCGCUGCCACAAGUUGUGUUCAUACGUGCCGCUGAAACAUCUGAAACAUCACGACACUGACAGUGAAGGGACUACAUCUCAUCCUUUGCGCUUUUGUGCUCUUAAGUUGACGGAGGGGACUCAAACAGCUGCUUUUUACUCGGUUUUUGGACACUUUUGGGCAGUUUUGUUUUCAGCUCAGGUGAACUGGGACUUGCCUUUUGUCGACGAGCGCGAGAGAUUAAACAGGUGGAGAAGGCACCUAAAAUCAACCUGCACUCACCUUGGUUUUUUACAAGUGUGCGUGCUGAACGGAUCCCUAAAUGGCGCUGAAAGUGAACCUAAUGGGCCCAUCACCAUGGGGCUUCAGGAUAUACGGAGGGAGAGACUUCAAGAAGGCCAUAACUGUAUCAAAGGUCAACGGGGGCAGCAAGGCUGAGAAAGCAGCCCUACAACCUGGUGACAUUAUCUUGGAGAUCAACGGUGAAAACACAGCUGACAUGCUGAACGUGGAGGCCCAGAACAAGAUAAAGAACUCCCAGACUCAGCUGCAGCUGAUGUUGGAGAGACCUGAACCUGCCGGCCCAGGACAAACCAACGGCAUCAGCACCCCUGAGCAACUCACCGGACGCUUCCAGGAGGCUGUAAUCGUGAGUCGAGAUGAGAAUCAGAACUACAGAGAGUACACCAUCUCCAGCCCUGCAUCGCUGUCACCUGGACCUUAUUCACCAGUUCCUCCUGCCAGCCCCGACGGAAAGAGAGACAAACUGACACCAACGAACAAGAGUGUCCAGCUGCGCUCAUGGUCUCCAGAGGAGAAGAGUCACAGACUGUCCAGACCGCCAUCACAGGAGUUCUCCCCUUCAGACUACAGGGUUAACUCGGUGUCAAGCAGAACUCCGACCCCACCAGGACGCUACUCACCUCACAGCCCCACUGAACGGGACGUACCUAUGUCCCCUCGUCGCAGCAGUUCAAGCGGUGACUUUACCAUGCAGAAGUUUGACAAGGAGUCAGAGGUGUACAAGAUGAUCCAGGAGAAUAAGGAGUCCCGCACCCCGCCUCGUCAGUCCAACACCUUUAAAAUGCUGCAAGAGGUCCUGGAGGCUGAUGAGAAAGAGGCAGCUCUGCGGUUCCCAGGGAAACUCUCACCCGACGUCCCAAAACCGAGCACAGCAGUGGGAGGAGUCAAGAAUCACCACACCUGUGAGAAGUGUGGCACCAGCAUUCUCAAUCUGGCCGUGCGCAUCACAGAAGACCACUACCGCCACCCAGAGUGCUACACCUGCUCAGAUUGCGGUCUUAACCUCAGGAUGAGAGGUCACUUUUGGUUCGGAGACGUGAUGUACUGUGAGAAACACGCCAAUCAGAGGCACCAAAGCCAAGGCAGUUCCCCUCAAGCCACCGUGUCCCCCCGCCAUUAAGGCUGCCCCCAUAUCACCUGCCUCCCUCUGGACACAGGGUGCUAGUGCUCUGCCUGAAGCUCCACCUCUCCUGACUCAGAUACAGACCUUUUAAUGGUGCGUGGAGAUGGACACUGGUCAACAACACAGCACAGGAUAUUAUUUUCUGAUCAUAUUUAACCAUAUUUUGCAUUAUAGUGAUUCACUUUCCUGCCUUUCUUUAUCUGUAUGAGAAUAGGCAGUUUUUUGCCGCCACAGUCUCUUUUGGUUUAUUUUUUAGCUCUAAUGAUGCACAGCUGCCGUGGACUCAAGCCACAUCUAAUCAACUAAGGCCAGUUUUACCAAAACAAACUUUUUAGACAAACUCACCAGCACCGGCUCUCUGACUCUGAGGAUCUGAUCAUUCAGCUGAAUCUCCUGCUGACAAGAAGGGACCAAAUCUCACCUACACUGCAUGCAAAUUUAAAGAUGCACUGUACACAGACGGUGCUGUUUGUGUGUGAAGAAGUUUGCUCACUUCAGCAUGCCCUCCCUGCAUCAGUGUGUGUGACUGUGUGUGUGUGUGUGUGUGCGUGCAUGAGAGAGAGAGAGAAAAGGAAAGGGAGGUAAAGUUUGUGAUUUUUGGGCUAGAGUCAGGCCAAAAGCCCUCGAGUUUUCUAUAUUUCUUUUGUAAGCAGAAUUUAUGAGUAGAAAUAAUGAAAAAAAAAUAGCUGCCUUGUUUUGCUUUUUUGUUUCUUAUGAGGGAUUAUAGAUUCAUACAAUAUACAAAUAUUUUGUUGUUUAUGUAAUUGAACUGUAUUCUAUAAUAUAGACAAUUUAAAAUGCAUAAUGUGUGCACAGGACAUUUAGUGUGAAUGGAAUUGAAUAUACUACACUUGUCCAGUUACAGCAAUACUCAGAGAUACACUAUAAUGUUUCUAUUAUGUGGCACUUAAUAAAAUCGCACAACCUGAAGCUUCA